AUGCACUCCAUCCGCAAACUACCAUCCAGGAGCCCCCGAGAAGAGCCGAAGGAAGAUGGCGUGGAGGACAUGACCCAGCUGCAGGACCUCCAGGAGGGCGCAGUGCUACAGAACAUCAAGAUGAGGUUUGACCGCGAGUUAAUCUAUACCUACAUAGGCAGCAUCUUAGUGUCCGUGAACCCCUACAAAAUGUACAACAUCUACGGGACGGAGCAGGUGCUGCAGUAUGAAGGAAGGGCGCUGGGAGAGAAUCCCCCACACCUUUUUGCUAUUGCAAACGUCGCCUAUACCAAAAUGAUGGAUGCCAAACACAACCAGUGUAUUAUCAUCAGUGGCGAAAGUGGUUCUGGCAAAACGGAAGCCACCAAGCUGGUCCUGCGUUACCUCGCAGCAGUUAAUCAGAAACGCAAUGUGAUGCAGCAGAUAGAGAUCCUCGAAGCGACCCCCCUGCUGGAAUCCUUCGGAAAUGCCAAAACAGUGAGGAACGACAACUCCAGCAGGUUUGGGAAAUUUGUGGAAAUCUUUCUGGAGGAAGGCUUGAUCUGUGGUGCCAUAACCUCACAGUACCUUCUUGAGAAAUCAAGGAUCGUGUUUCAGGCCAAAAAUGAAAGGAACUAUCACAUAUUCUAUGAGAUGCUGGCUGGCCUUCCUGCUCAGCAGAAGCAGCAAUUCUGCCUUCAAGAUGCAGAAACUUACUAUUACCUGAACCAGGGGGGUAACUGCGAGAUUCCUGGCAAGAGUGAUGCUGAGGAUUUCUGGAGGUUGCUCAGCGCCAUGGAGAUCCUGAACUUCAGCACCGAAGACCAAAACAGCAUCUUCCGAAUUCUGUCUUCCAUCCUCCACCUGGGGAACGUCUACUUUGAAAAAUAUGAGACAGACUGCCAGGAGGUUGCGUCGGUGGUGAGUGCGAGAGAGAUCCGUGUGGUAGCCGACCUGCUCCAGAUCUCCCCAGAGGGGCUGCAGAAGGCCAUCACGUUCAAAGUGACAGAAACGCUGAGGGAGAAGAUUUUCACCCCCCUCACUGUGGAAAGUGCCGUUGAUGCCAGAGAUGCCAUUGCCAAGAUCCUGUACUCCCUGCUCUUCAGCUGGCUCACAGACAGGAUCAACAAACUGGUCUACCCUAAAAAGGAGGCUCUUUCCAUAGCCAUUCUGGAUAUCUAUGGGUUCGAGGACCUCAGCUUUAACAGCUUCGAGCAGCUAUGUAUCAAUUAUGCAAAUGAAUAUCUGCAAUUCUUCUUCAACAAGAUCAUCUUUAAGGAGGAGCAGGAGGAGUAUGUCCGGGAACAGAUAGAGUGGAAAGAAAUCACCUUCAGCGACAACCAGCCCUGCAUCGAUCUCAUUGCUCAAAAGCCACACGGGAUUCUGAGGAUCCUGGAUGAUCAGAGCUCCUUCCCUCAGGCCACAGACCAUACCUUCCUCCAGAAGUGUCAUUACCACCAUGGCUCCAAUGCAUUAUACACCAAACCAAAGAUGCCUCUCCCAGAGUUCACCAUCAAACACUAUGCUGGCAAAGUAACCUACCAGGUGCACAAGUUCCUGGAUAAAAACUAUGAUCAAGUUCGCCAGGACGUUCUGGACCUUUUUGUCAACAGCAAAACCAAAGUGGUGGCCAACCUCUUCUUCGGCCAUGCCCAGCUGGUGGCCCAGCAGAGGACCAUGAUGGGGAAGAAUAGCACAGUCACCCGGCGGUAUAAAGCACCGACGGUGGCAGCUAAGUUCCAGCAGUCACUCCUGGACUUGGUGGAGAAGAUGGAGAGGUGCAACCCGUUCUUCGUCCGCUGCCUCAAACCCAACAACAAGAAGGAGCCAGCUGUCUUCGAGGAGGACAUUGUCAGCAGCCAGCUCCGGUACUCUGGAAUCCUCGAGACCAUCCGCAUCCGCAAAGAGGGCUUCCCAGUUCGCAUCCCCUUCCAGAUCUUCAUCAACAGGUACAGGUGCCUUGUAGAUAUCUGGCCUGGCCUCACCCCAGAUGGUGUGAGCUGCGUGGAGGUGCUGAAGAAGCUGUGUGCCGUGAGUCCCACCACGUACUGCAUUGGAGUCAGCAAGCUGUUCAUGAAGGAGCACCUGUACCAGCUGCUGGAGAGCAAGCGGGACCAUGCCCUGGACCUGGCAGCGCUCAUCCUGCAGCGCUACGCCCGCGCCUUCUUCAUUAAGAAACGCUUCCGCUCGCUGCGCCGCAAGAUCAUCCUCCUCCAAAGCCAGUCCCGGGGCUACCUGGCCAGGCAGAGGUACAAGCGGCUGAGGAAGAGUCUGAUCAAGUUCAGGUCCCUGGUGCACAUGUAUGUGAAUCGCAGGAGGUACCUCAAGGAGCUGACCAAGAGGGAGGUGGUGGAUGUAACGCACCUGGAAGUCCCUGCUGAGCUGGCGGGGCUGCUGGAGCUGGCAGCAGGUAAGCGCUCAUUUCCCACAGAGGGCUAGGUCAGAGCAGCUGGGAAUGGUCCAUGCAUCGUUCCAAUCCCUGCGCCCAAACUGCAAAUGGACUCCCAGCUCACCCUGCCACUCGACAUCAACAACUACUCCAUGGCCAAGUACGUGCGAGUCCACUUCCAGGAGCCGUCGUUUGGGAUGCUCACCGUGCCACUGGCGUCCCCACUGACCCAGCUGGAGGAGGAGCUGGUGUCGGAAGCGCUCAGUCUGUUCAAGCUGAUUCUGCGCUUCAUGGGUGACCCGCACCUCGGUGGCAUCCCGGAGAAUCUGUUUGGGAACUACAUCGUGCAGAAGGGGCUCUCAGUGCCGGGCCUGCGGGAUGAGAUCCUGGCUCAGAUCGCCAACCAGGUGUGGCGCAACACCAACGUCAACAACGAGGAGCGGGGCUGGCUCCUCCUGGCCGCCUGCCUCAGCGGCUUUGCCCCCUCCGCUGGCCUGGAGAAACACCUGCUCAAGUUUGUUUCCGACUACGCCUUUGAUGGCUACAAGCCAGUGUGCCAGCACAAGCUGAUGCAGGCCAUGCUGAGGUCCCAGCUUGGCCCUGAGACGGCCCGGGCCUACCCACCAUCGCUGCUUGAGUGGAUGGCCAACAGGCAGAGAGCAAGCAUGGCCUUGGACAUCUACUGCUUCAACGGUGACCGCUUCUCCUGCCCCAUCCACUCCUGGAGCACAGGGGAGGAGCUGGCAGGGGACGUGCUGAAGCACAGGGGGCUGACGGAAGGCUGGAGGGGCUGGUCCAUCUCCAUGAAGGAUGGCGUCCAGUGGGCCGAGCUGGCUGGCCAUGAUUACAUCCUGGACCUCGUUUCCGACCUGGAGCUGCCCAGGGGCUUCCCCAAGCAGAAAUCUUAUUUCAUCGUCUCUUCAGAAGGGGCGGACAAGGGCAGCGGUGCCACCAGCGCAGUAUUCGGACAGGGCUUGGAUUCGGACGAGGAAGUCCCUCCUCCCCCAUUCACAAAGGCCCCCACUGUGCCACCUCCAAACACCCCUGACUCAGAUGGAUAUUACAGUCGUGCAGAUUCCGACACUGUCAGCGAAGCUCGAACGCACAAGGGGUUGGAUCGUUACCUGGACAGUCUGUUUGACCCGGUCCUGUCCUAUGGGAAUGGGGACUUGGAGAAGCCGGCUGCUCUCUCCUGGAAGAUGAAAGGAGGAGGCCGGGUAGGAGGUGGGGGCAGCAAUGUGGACCAAGGCAGUGCCAGAGCAACCAUGGAGAUGCCUCAGCAGACUGCUUUGCGGGAUCCCAGCUUGGUGCUGCAGCGCGACCACAUCAAGCAGCAGGCCCUGCUCCGGGCUCGUCAGAUCACCAGGCAGGCCACGGCUCUGCAGCAGCAUCAGGUGGACGGCACAGCCUCUCCCAAUGCCUCCCAGGCCACCAGCCCCAGACCUGCCCAUGGAGCCCCCAGCACAGUCCAGAGCGUGCCCUGCACAGCACUGCCGCUGCAGAGGACGGCUGUGAGCGGGACACCAGCCAGGACGGCGGCCCUCUUGCAGAAAGCCGCUCCUGCCUCCAGGCUGCAGGCUGGUGAGCUGGUGCGGCCGGCCAAGCUGAGCUCGCAGCACUUCCCUGAGCCCACACAGCACAUCAAGAACAUCAUUAAGCAGUGCCAGCGGCCCGCCAGGCUCCCCGAGCCCAUCAGGAAGGAAGGUGGGAAGGUCUUUGUGAAGAAGAUGGAUCCCCAUGAGGAGGCUAUGAUGAUCUUAAAGGGGCAGAUGUCAGUGGCGCCGGGCCCCCCAACAGCCGCUCCGGUGGCCAAGGAAGCAAUAGCCAUGGUGAAGCCUGUUACCAGCACCAAGAGGUCUUCGCUGCCAUCACCAACCGCCGUUCCCUCACCGGCUGCCACAGCCAGGUCUUCUCCAGUGUCGCCUCCAGUCCCAGUCUCCCGGGAGCUCCCAGCCGAGCAUGAGCAGGUCCAGACACAGCUGCACCGGUGCUGCAGCGAGGAGUGCUACGCCUACCGCAACGUGUCCUGGAAGAUAUACAUCAGGAAAGAGGUGUUCUAUCCUAAGGAUAACUUCAACAACCCUUUGUUGCUGGAUCUCAUUUUCAGACAGAUCUUCCACGACACGCUCUCCGACGCUUGCCUUAGGAUCACCCCGGAGGAGCGGCUGUGCAUGAGAUCCCUCUUCGCGGAAAACAAGCUAGACUCAUUCAGCCCAGUGGCCGACGACAGCGUUAAGAAGGAGAUUGUGAUUGCAGCCCGGGACAGCUGGGAGGUUUACUUCUCCCGCCUCUUCCCCGCCACGGGCAGUGUUGGCACCGGGGUGCAGAUCUUGGCAGUGUCUCACACGGGGAUUAAACUGCUGCGGCUGGUCAAGGGCACUAACAUGCCAGGGGAGCAGCUACGGGUGCUGCGGGGCUACAGCUACACCGAUAUCCUGUUCGUGACCAUCCCCUCCAAGCACAUGCUGGAGUUCAAUCUGACCAACGAGAAGCUCAUCCUCUUCUCCCCCAAAGCCCCCCAGGUUAAGGCCAUGAUCGACUAUUUCAUCACGGAGCUCAAGAAGGACUCGCAGUACGUGGUUGCCGUGAAGAGCUACGUUACAGAUGACAGGAGCCUGUUGAGCUUCCACAAGGGGGACAUCAUCCACUUGCAGCCGCUGGAGCAGCCUGAAAGAGGGUGGAAAUUCGGUGCCAUCCACGGGAGGUCGGGGCGCUUCCCUGCCGAGUACGUCCAGCCCGUGGCAGCCCCAGAUUUUAUCCACCUGCCAGCAGACAGGAAAGAGGAACCCAAGAACAAGCAGGGCAAGGUGGCGGCCUCGGCGGCCAUGGCAGUGGCCGUGGCCUCCACGGCCGUGGCUCAGGAGCUGGACAGGAAGAUCGAGGUGUACCCCAUGGGCAGCGACUGUGCGGAGAGCGUGGAGGAGUAUGGCUGCGAGCUUCCUGGGGACGGUGCCCUGCAGGGCAGGCAGUUCCCCAUGCAGGAGUUUGCUAUGAAGUAUUUCCGGGCGGCACAGAGGAUGAAGACGGAUUCCUGUAAGCAGAAACCCCGGAAAGGGAAGGACUCACCAGGCGUAGCGGAGAUGCUGAAAUUCACCAAGUGCCCACUCCAGGAGUCGCUGAUCAAAUUCACCGACAGCUGCCUGAACAGAGCCGCAGCCGAGGCCUUCCAAGCCGUGAUGAAGUUCAUGGGCGACUGGCCUCUCAAGGGGCAGACGGAGCUGGACGUCGUCUGUGCUGUGCUCAAGCUGUGCACUGACCAGGAGGUCAUGAGGGAUGAAGUGUAUUGCCAGAUCGUCAAGCAGACCACAGACAACACCAGCCCCAAGAUGGACAGCUGUCAGAAGGGAUGGCGGCUGCUCUAUAUCCUGACCGCCUACUACAAGUGCUCCGAGGUCCUGAAGCCCUACCUGCUGUGGCACCUCCAGGAGACCUGCAGGAGCCCUGGGGCGCAGUUCCAAGGUAUUGCCAAGGCCUGCGAGCAGAACCUCAGGAAGACCUUCCAGUUUGGUGGCCGGCGCGAAUUUCCCAGCAGCCUGGAGCUCAAAGCCAUGGUGGCUGGCCGGAGCGCAAAACGUCAGCUGUUUCUCCUGCCGGGAGGGAUCGAGAGGCACCUGAAGAUCAAAACGUGCUCGGUUGCACUGGACGUGAUCGAGGAGAUGUGCUAUGAAAUGGGGUUGCAUCGGCCCGAGGCCUUUGACGAAUAUGUCAUCUUUGCCGUUACCAACGGAGGUCAGAAUGUCCGCCCCUUGAGUAGACGGGAGUAUAUCCUUGACGUGGCCACGGAGAUGGAGCAAGUGGACAACAGCUACAUGUUCUGGUACCGGCGCAUCAUCUGGACCCAGCCGCUGAAAUUUGACAAUGAGCUGUAUGUCACCAUGCUCUAUAACCAGGUCCUGCCCGAUUAUCUCAAGGGGCUUUUCAACAUCCUACCUCCCCUGCAACCCAGCGAACAGCAAUGCCAGCAGGUCUCCAAACUCGCAGCCCUCCAGCACCGGGCCAAGGACAGCAUGUACCUGCCCACCGUCUGCGAGGUGCAGGGUUACGUCCCACCCCAGUUCUGCCAAGCGCUGAAGGCUCAGUCGUGGCUCAACGCGGUGCUGCAGCAUAUGCCGCAGGUCCAGGCCCUGAGCGCCCACCAGGCCAGAGCUCAGUUCCUAGGGCUCCUGAGCGCCUUCUCCAUGUUCGGCUCUUCCUUCUUCUACAUCCAGAGCUGCAGUAACAACGCCAUCGUCUCGCCGUGCAUCCUGGCCGUCAACCAGAAUGGCCUCCACUUCCUCCACAAGGACACCCACGAGCUGAUGGUGAAGUUCUCGCUGAAGGAGAUUCAGUCCACGAGGACCCAGCGGUCCACAGCCGGCUCCAGCUACCCCUAUGUGGAGAUCAUGCUGGGAGACUUGAUGUCACAGAGGAUGAUGCAGCUGCAGCUGCAGCAGGGCCUAGAGUUGAGCCGCGUGAUCGCCACCCACAUGGAAAGUCUGUUGUACGCUCGCGAGAAGAGACUCACCCUCCCUCCCAGUGAGAUUACGCUGCUCUGAUCAGGCAUGUUACACACACGCACGCUCCCUCCCUAACAGCUACUUGAGUGAGAGCCAGCAUGGAGAUAAGCAAAUAUCUCUAUGUCCUGGGAGAGGCAACGUAGACUAAAUAUAGACACCGAUGGGACAGAUUCCCAACUGGUUCGAGUCAGCAUAGCCCCACUGAUUUCAGUGGCUGGGGCUGACGGACAUCUGCUGAGGGGCUGGGGUGGUGGGAUUUACAGACCAUAUGUGAGGUCUGAAGUGUGAAGAGUGUGGGGAAUGCAGUCCGGCCAGUUAACAGGUGAACACAGAUGCCUUAAUUUAUAUUUAAUAACUGCCCUCCUGGACAUAGGGCAUGACCUUUUUCCAGAAUCAAGUGUAUUUAAUCCAUUAUUUUACUAGCAACGUAUUAACAGAUUGUCCUUGAGCAGGACAUGCCCAGUUUUGCACAUCUGCCUGUUCCAAGGACCCGGCAAUCUAACUGCUAACAUGCUGCAUACACCAGAUGGCUUUUAUUUGUGUUCGCUCCUGCUUUUUUGGUCUUGUUUGUCCUGUGAGCUAAUUCUCGUUUUUAUAAGUGUCACUGGCGCCUGUAUUUGUAUACUGCUCUGUAGCGCUAGCCCUGUAAAUGGCUUCCCGUUUUUUAACUUUUUGCACUCAGCGUUGCUUUGAGAUUUUAUUUUGUUUCUAAUUUGUGCAAAAUUAAAAAUUCCUUUAAAGUCCAAAGCCACCUGUCAUUUGGGUGUGCUGGGGAACUAAGUGCUUUCUCUUUCCUCAACCCAGGAUUUGUGUAGAGCAGGGGUUCUCAAACUUCAUCGCCUCCUUCUGACAACAAAAAUUACUACAGGACCCCAGAGGGGGGGAACGAAGCCUGAGUCCGACGGAGCCCUGUCACCCCGGAGCAGGGCGCAAACCAAAGCUCCAUUUCCCCAGGCCGGGAGGCCAAAGACAAAGCUCUGCUGCCCAGGGCUGAAGCCCUUGGGCAGGGGCUUUAGCUUUGGUCCCGGCAAGUCUAAGCCAGCCCUGGCAACCCCAUUAAAAUGGGGUCGUGACCUACUUUGAGGUCUUGACCCCCAGUUUGAGAACCGCUGGUGUAGAGCCAAGAGCAGAGCUUGCAGUCUAGUUGCAACUGCUUGCCAGUGAACCCUACUGUCAAUGCCAGUCUGACCACCUCACAGACAUUUAUGCCAGGACAAGAGUGUUUAUGCUUUACCCUAGGCUGUAUCCUAAGACAAAUGUGUGCCAGGACUAGACUAUUUACAGUCAUGUUCAUUAACUGGCCGUCAGUUAACGCAGGUUAAAAGAAGCCCCCAAACUCUAGUCCGGACGGAUCCCCACAGAACAGUGAAGCACUCGAUGGUCAUAUUUGCACUCAGGUUCUGGUGAUAUUCGAGGAUCGCUACAGCUUCUCUGCUGCUAGCAACAGAGGCGGCGCUAGCCUGGACCAGCCAUAAGUGCUUUACCACCAUGGCAACUAGGCCUUGAGAAACUGCAGUUUCUACACUGCGAUUCACUGAAUCCAUUCAGGCCCUUCAUCUGAAUCACUGCAUUUCUUUACAUGACAGAUGAUCAUGUGGUUAAGGCACAGGACCAGGAAUCCAGGUUAUGUUAGUGGCCCUGCCAGACUUUCCACGUGACUUUGGACAUGUCCCUUAGGGAUUACUGUGGCAUUUAAAGCAGCAUCCAAGCUGUAGCGAUAUCGGGAGCGUUCGCCAACUGAACCCCUGCCCUAAUGUAAACGCAGAACUGAGACAAGCCUGGGUUGGUGACUCGGCAGAUUGUCUGCAAGGGACUCAGAGUUAAAGGCUGCCACAAACUCGGCAGAACCAGCAUCAGCCAAAAUGUUAACAGUGACUCCCAUGAACUGAACCAGAGAUCUUUGUAUAGCAUGACCUCUGCCUUCACCACGGACAGGCCUAACUGUAUUCCGUGAGCAGCCAGGUGCCCUGGGAGUUCUGAAAUUCCCACUAGGAGCCUAGCUGCCUCUUUAGGCACCUAAAUCCUGGCCCUAGGAGCUCAUAACCAGUGAGUUCCUUGAGGCCAACGCAGAGGCUCGUUUCACAUCAUACUGUUGGCAGAGAGUGGGCUGGGGUAGGUUUGAUUUACUAGAGGCUGGGUGUGACAAGUGGAGUGGAACUCCCCCCAGGAUGGGAGAGAUGGAGAGUCUGAGCAGGGGCGCUGGCUCAGACCCAGCUCAAAAGCAAACCCCUAUAGCACAGCCUUGACAGCCUGCAAGGCAGGAUGGGCUAGUGGGAUGGGUGCUGGCAUGUGACUCAGGAAACCAAGGUUCAGUUCCUCAUUUACAAAACUUCCUGUGUGAUUUUGGGCAAGUCAUUUAAUCUGUCAGGGGGAUAAAGCACUUCUGUGCCUGACAGGGGUGUUGUGAGGAAUUAGAGACUGGGAGGUGCUCCGACACUACUGAGAAGAGGGCCAGCCAGGUACUCAGGUAGAGAGAUUAGCUCUCUUCUCCAGCACCCUGAAAGGACCUGUCCAGCCUUGCUCCCACUGAA